AUGAAUAUUUGGUAUCAAGUCCCGAGAGAAUCUCUUGAUAAGGUCAACAGGAUUAUCAAACUCACGCAUACUUCUUCCUUGAUAUUUGAUGAUGUUCAAGACAACUCACCUCUUCGCCGUGGAAACCCAUCAGCUCACACGAUCUUCGGGGUUGGUCAAACUAUCAGCUCUGGGUUCUUUCUUUACCUUGGUGGUUUUAGGCUUGCCCAAGACCUAUCGCCACCUGCAAUGUCCAUAUAUCUCAGUGUGUAA